GAGAGAGGGGAGUGGUGGAAUAAAUAACUCGCGAGAGAUUUAUCGAACGCGUGUGCGCGUCGACACGGUUGUUCCGAGAGAGGACGAGGAAUUCGGUUUCGACGCGAGGAUGAGGUCCUCGCUGGUGCUGCUCCUCCUGGCGGCCAUUGUCCUCGCCGAGGGGUCGAGUCGCGUGAAGCGGCAGGAGGACAAGAAGGAGGAGAGCUUCGAGAGCGAGAUCUGCAAGGACAAGGAUGCGGGCGAGUGGUUCAGACUGGUGGCGGGGGAGGGCGACAAUUGCCGGGACGUGAUCCAGUGCACGAGUUCCGGGCUGCAGGCAAUCAGGUGCCCGGCAGGGUUGUACUUCGACAUCGACAAGCAGACCUGCGACUGGAAGGACUCGGUGAACAACUGCAAGCUGAAGAACAAGGAGAGGAAGGCGAAGCCUCUUCUCUACACCGAGGAGCCGCUCUGCCAAGACGGCUUCCUCGCCUGUGGCGACGGCUCUUGCAUCGAGAGGGGCCUGUUCUGCAACGGGGAGAAGGAUUGCACGGAUGGAUCAGACGAGAAUAUCUGCGACAUGGACAACGACCCGAACAGAGCGCCGCCCUGCGACCCGGCCGUGUGCGUCCUUCCCGACUGCUUCUGCUCGGAGGACGGCACCACGAUCCCCAGCGACCUGCCGCCCAAGGACGUGCCGCAGAUGAUCACCAUCACGUUCGAUGACGCCAUCAACAACAAUAAUAUCGGCCUCUACAAAGAGAUCUUCAACGGGAAACGAAAGAACCCGAACGGUUGCGACAUCAAGGCCACCUUCUUCGUCUCCCACAAGUACACCAACUACUCGGCCGUCCAGGAAAUGCACAGGAAAGGACACGAGAUCGCCGUUCACUCCAUCUCCCACAACGACGAUGAGCGUUUCUGGUCGGACGCCACGGUGGACGACUGGGCGAAGGAAAUGGCCGGGAUGAGGAUCAUCGCCGAGAAAUUCGCCAACUUGACGGACAACAGCGUGGUCGGUGUGAGGGCCCCUUACCUCAGGGUGGGUGGAAACAACCAGUUCACGAUGAUGGAGGAGCAGGCGUUCCUCUACGACUCGACCAUCACCGCUGCCCUCAACAAUCCCCCGCUCUGGCCCUACACCAUGUACUUCAGAAUGCCCCACCGUUGCCACGGCAACCUUCAACACUGCCCCACGAGGUCGCACGCUGUUUGGGAGAUGGUGAUGAACGAGUUGGACCGCCGCGAGGAUCCCCAGAACGACGAGUACCUGCCCGGCUGCGCCAUGGUCGACUCGUGCAGCAACAUCCUGACCGGGGACCAGUUCUACAACUUCCUCAACCACAACUUCGACCGGCAUUACGAGCAGAAUCGGGCCCCGCUCGGCCUCUACUUCCACGCCGCCUGGCUCAAGAACAACCCCGAGUUCCUGGACGCGUUCCUCUACUGGAUCGACGAGGUCCUCUCGAACCACAACGACGUCUACUUCGUGACCAUGACCCAGGUGAUCCAGUGGAUCCAGAACCCCCGCACGAUAACCGAGUCGAAGAGUUUCGAGCCGUGGAAGGAGAAGUGCGUGGUCGACGGCCCGCCCUGCUGGGUGCCCCACACCUGCAAACUCACCUCGAAAGAGGUGCCCGGGGAGACCAUCAAUCUUCAGACGUGCGUCCGUUGCCCCAACAAUUAUCCCUGGGUGAACGAUCCGACCGGCGACGGCUUCUUCUAGAAUCAUCCCUCCUUUCUCUCCCUCUCUUCUCCCUUCCUCUUCCUUCCCUAUGUCGUUCUUCAC